UACAAAUUUACUAUCAUUAUGUGUAGAAAACAACACAUUUAUCCAAUCUUUAAGGAUAAAAUAGAUCAUCGUCAUCUCUAAUUAAUAAUAACAUUUCUAUCCAUAAUUUAGCUAAUCUAACAUCAUUAGGUGUCUCCAUUAUAUAUACAUAGCCAUAUGCAUGUCAUCUCGUAACAUACAGAAAAAAGAAAAAAGAAAAAAGAAAAAAGAAAGAAAAAAAAAAACCAAGAAAUCUGUACAAUUCCAUUAUAAUUCCAAAUAUAAUGGAAUUGUAUAGAUCAAGUAUUAUAUACAUAUUUUCGUUUCUUAUAGUAAUUAGUUCUAAUAAAUUAUGUCUUGGAAUUAGUAAUAAUGAGGUGAAUGAAGUUAAAGUGACAAUUAGAGGAGCAACAUCAAUUGCAAAAACAGAUGACAAUUUUAUAUGUGCAACUUUGGAUUGGUGGCCUUCAAAUAAGUGUAAUUAUAAUCAAUGCCCUUGGGGAAAAGCUGGCAUUCUCAAUCUGGAUUUGAGAAAUAAAGUACUGAAUAAUGCUGUCAAGGCAUUGAGUCCACUAAGAUUAAGAGUUGGAGGAUCACUACAAGACCAAGUGUUUUACAACGUUAGAAAGCCUACAAGCAAAUGCCAGGAGUUUUCCUUGAAGAGUGACGGCAUGUUUGGGUUUACCAAGGGUUGCUUGAAAAUGCAAAGAUGGGAUGAGCUUGCUCAGUUUUUCAGUAACAACGGGGCCCUAGUAACAUUUGGGUUGAAUGCCCUCACCGGGAGGGAAAAGGUCAAGGAUGAUGAUCUUUACAUAGGAGAUUGGAAUUAUCAAAAUGCACAAGAUUUUAUAAAUUACAACAUCUUUAAGGGACACAAAAUUGACUCUUAUGAACUUGGAAAUGAGCUAUGUGGAAAUGGGGUAUCAGGAAGAAUAGAGGCUGAGCAAUAUGCUAAGGAUAUGGUGGUACUUAAAGAAAUAGUCAAAAAAUCGUACCCAAAUCCGAUGACCCGGCCCAAGGUACUGGGUCCAGGAGGUUUCUUUGAUGAAAAAUGGUUCAGCACCUUCUUACAACAAUCAGGACCCAAUGUUGUUGAUGGUUUAACCCACCACAUUUACAAUCUUGGUGCUGGUGUUGAUAAGGAUCUCAUAAACAAGGUUCAAGAUCCAAAUUUUUUGACCUUAGUAGCUCAAACAUACAAAGAUGUCUCCAGGGUUGUGGAUCGGUUCGGGCUGUGGUCUGAGGCCUGGGUUGGCGAAUCCGGUGGAGCGUUUAAUAGUGGUGGCAAAAAUGUUUCCAACACUUUUGCUGAUGGCUAUUGGUACUUGGAUCAAUUGGGUAUGACAGCGUCCUUAAACCAUAAGGUCUUCUGUAGACAAACUUUGAUCGGAGGGAACUACGGGCUUCUCGACACCACUACCUUCAUCCCUAAUCCCGACUUUUAUGGGGCUUUAUUGUGGCACCGUUUGAUGGGGAGCACUGUACUUGCAACAACUCACACCGGCUCUCCUUAUCUAAGGACAUAUUCCCAUUGUUCAAAAACCAAACCUGGGGUUACUCUACUGCUCAUCAACAUGUCAAAUUCCACCACUUUCAACGUAGAUUUAGUGAAUGAUCACAACUUAUUCCCUGAGCCAAGAAUGACAAACACAAGGCCGUGGUUACAAGAACGAGAAGAGUAUCAUAUAACCCCGAAAGAUGGGAAUAUUCGGAGCAACCAGGUUCUUCUUAACGGGAAGUUAUUAACGCUAACUCAGACAUCGAACAUUCCUGAGAUGAAGCCUGUGUUUGUGACGACUUUUUCACCUAUCAAGAUUGCACCUCAUUCAUUUGUUUUUGUUACCAUUAGGAACUUACAAGCGCCUGCAUGUAAUAGUUUCUAUGAUUUUUUUAAUGUGAACAAUUAAAUUAAAUAAAGCAAUAACAACA